AGAGCAGAUCCUGCGCCACUCAGUGAGAAGCCCUCGGUCUUCCACGUCCAUCACCAGCAAUAACAACAGGUGACCGUGGUCUGCCUCUCUCCUCUCAGCCUCCUGCAGUGACCACUGACAGCCUGAGACCGCUGCUGCCACAAGUGUAUCUUUCAGCUCUUGCUGCUCCCGAACCACAGCGUCAACAUGGUGCGAUCUGCCGGCUUACUCAGUAGCGUAAGAGACCCAGUGGCACUGAAGAGCAUUGCUGUGACCCUGUCGGUUCAUGACUUUGUGGCUGGUGUGUCUGUAACCCUAAACUAUGAGAAUGAAGAGAAAUCACCCUUGGAGACCUUCUUUGUGUUCCCCAUGGAUGUAGAUUCUGCUGUCUUCAGCUUUGAGGCCUCUGUGGAUGGGAAGAAAAUUGUGGCAGAGCUGCAGGACAAAUAUCAGAUCGACAAAAGGUAUGAAGACGCCCUUUCUGGAGGAUAUCAGCCUUACUUACUGGUGGAAGGCAAGUGUUCCAGGGAUGCCUUCCGUUGCAAUGUGGGGAACCUGCAGCCGGGAUCAAAAGUGUCACUGACCCUGAAAUAUGUGCAAGAACUUCACUUGGAAGAUGAUGGGGCCCUGCGUUAUGUGCUCCCAGCCAGCCUGAAUCCUAGAUACCAUCUCUCCUCUGGUGAUGAGGACAGUAGCCUGGAUAUGAAGACUCCGAUAGUCCCUUUGGAGGAAUUGCCCUGCACACUCAGCAUGGUUGCUACCAUCAGAUCUCAGCUCGGUAUCAGUACAAUCCAAUCCAACUGUCCCUUGAGUCCCAUUAAAUACAAUGGAGAUAAAAAGACCGCUGCUCAGGUUUCCUUGGCUGAAGGACACAAGUUUGACCGGGAUGUGGAACUCCUGAUUUUCUAUAGGAAGGUGCACAGCCCCAGUGUAGCUGUGGAGAUGGGGAUGUCUGGAAAGCCAUCAGGUAGUUUAAUGGGUGCGCCUUCUGCAAUGGUGAGUUUCUACCCAGAUAUCCCAGGAGUGAAGACCACAACAAAUCGUGGAGAAUUUGUGUUCCUUGUGGACUGUUCAAAAAGCAUGAAUAGCCCCAUGAAUUCCAAGAACAAGUCGCAGCUGAGAAUAGACGCUGCCAAGGAAACACUGAUUCUGCUACUGAAGAGUUUGCCAGUGGGCUGCUAUUUUAACAUCUAUGGAUUUGGAGCCGCCUACGAGGAGUUCUUUCCGGACAGUGUGUUGUACAAUCAGGAAACCAUGCAGAUCGCAGUGAAGAAAGUAAAGAAGUUGUUGGCCAAUCAAGAAGGGAUUGAUCUUUUAAUACCACUACGGAAAGUUUUGAGGAAACCUUCAAUCCCAGGGCAUCCCUUACAGGUCUUUGUCUUCACUGAUGGAGAAGUUGCUGAAACGUUUAAUAUUAUUAGAGAAGUUAAGUUCCAGAGCAGAAAGCACAGGUGUUUCUCAUUUGGCAUUGGAGAAGGGGCCCCCACUAACUUACUGAAGAACAUUGCCCUGAUAUCAGGGGGCACUGCAGAGUUUAUCACAGGCAAUGACAGGAUGCAGUCCAAGGCCCUUAGAUCCCUGAGGCGUUCUUUACAGUCUGAAGUAGAGAAUGUCUCUCUGAGCUGGAACUUGCCUCCCAAGAUGUUUGCACCUAUGCUGUCAGAAGAACAAACUUCUAUCAUUAGAGGUCAAAGGUUAAUCAUCUACAGCCUACUGAUUGGAAAGAUACCAAAAGGAGGGGCAACCGGUGAAGUGUGUCUCUCAUAUAAGCUUCGUGGACAAAGAUAUGAGGAAAAAGUGACAUUUCCUCUACAACCAAAGCGUGAUAACAAUCUCACCAUUCAUCGUCUGGCUGCGAAGUCCAUGAUCCAGUCCAAAGACUUUGGCUACAAGGGGACUUCAACAAUGUUUAAAAAAGAUGUGUUGGAAAUCAGCCUAGAGUCUGGAGUCAUGAGCUCCUUCACAUCAUUUGCUGCCAUUAACAAGGAACUCAACGAGCCAAUCCUGGGGCCCAUGUUUCAUAGGGACAUCCCAAGGCCAAUUCUCUUGGGUCCAGGUCCUGGAAUGCCCUCUGAUGAUUAUCCCCCAAAUUUAUUCUGUGCCAGUGCUCCUGCGACUCUGCCUCCAUGGUUGAUGGGCAGAGGACAAUGUGCUCCUAUGAUGUCCAUGCCAAAUGGCACACCUCAUGAGCCACAGAAAAGCCAGAAGAAACAUGUGACUAAUACAGAUGCUUGCCCUGAGUUGCCCCAUUUGGCUAAAUAUGACAGUGACCCACAAGGGAGUAAGGAGCUUAGCAUUGUACAGCUGAUAUAUCUCCAGAAUGCAGAUGGCUCCUGGGAUAUGAACGAGGACUUAGCUAAGAUUCUAGGUACUACUUUGGAAGACAUGACGGCUGCACACCCUAUUGAGGAAUUACAACCCUCAGCUUGGGCUACAAUGCUGGCUGUGUUCUGGCUGCAUGCCAAUGGUGAGGACUUGCAGGAUGAGUGGGAGCUUCUGGAAAGAAAAGCUGUGGUCUGGCUUUACAAUUCAGCCAGUGGUUUGAGAAAGCACAUCCAUACUGUCAACAAGUUCUUGAAGAUGUCUUUGGGUCCCUCCGUCUUAAGGUUAUGAGAAUAAUGCCCAAGGAGAAGGGCAUUCUUUUCUGCUUCCUGCCACAUCCUUCCCCUCGUCUGCUAAGAUAGAUUUUUGUCUUGGGUACCUUAUCACUCGUAUCUUACUAUAAAAGUGAAGGAUGCAUACAUUACUUUGGCUGUCUGUUAUAGGUCGAACUGGAUAUAAAUUUGGGUGUCUGUGUGUCCCCUGUGACAAGUGCUGGUAGACAUAGAAACUGUUUCUUAUCUAUCUUGGAGUUGUAUAGAACAUUUGCAUGUAGUGAUGUUUCUCCUAACAGAGCUGCUGGAGAAUUCCUGUGCCAAAUCAUUAUCCUCGUUAUCCAUUUGGUACUCACCUUUCAUUUUAUAUACUUGUCAUUAUAUACAUUAUAUCCUCACAUACAAUUUGAGCAUUUCCAUUCUUGGAAGAAGUUGGAUGUAAACUGAAAGCCAACUUCAAGGUCAACGUGACUUCAAGAUCACAGAGAGUCAAAUUUUCCAUUUUGCUCAUUGUUACUGUUGGGAACAUUCUUGAUGCACCCUUGUGGCCAUUGUCAGUCUAUGCUUCACACCUUGCUUUCUCCCGAGAUGAGUCAUACUUGUAAAUAGAUGUCUAUCUUUAACCAUUUAAUCAUUCUGCAGGAGGUUGAUAAUGAAACCUUUAGGCCUAGCUUUAAUCCACUAAGCCUGUGAGUUUAGUUAUGGCCUGGUUUACACAGAAUUAAUGUAGAUUGUGCUGAGACCUGAGUAUGUUUUGUUUUUCAACCCAUAAAGAAUGGGGUUACGUGGUUACUCUGACACUUGUUUUUCACAUACCCUAUCAUAUUAAAAGACCCAUUCCCCCAGAUUGCUGUUUUACCAGUAUUAAAGUGGCUAUUUCUUCUA